UGUAUGCACAACUGAAAUGUGCCGCAGCCAGUUCCAGGUAUUUAACUGUUCAGAAAUAUUUAUGUUACUUAUUUUUCCAAAAUUGUUACUAAGUGGACCAAAUCUUGUUGGAUUAUGCCCUCAGGCUUUAGAGGAUCACUAUAACCAUCUCGAAACAGAGUUGAGAGAGGAGAUAAAGAAACUAACGAAAUCCCAAACUCAAUUUGAUGAAAUGCAGAGCACCAUAGAUAGCUGUGACUCUAUGAUCAUGGCACUCAAGAAUGAGGAAGAGAGGAAGAGGUGUCCUCUAGAAUCCAUGAAAUUAGCUGUCAAGGAAGCUGAUGCUGAGGGAAUAGAGGUUCCAGACGGUCUGGUUUACAUUGGCGGCGGAAAGUUUUUGGAGAAAAAACAGGUUGCAAAGGCUGAACAUGAAACAUCAUUUAAAACAAGAAUGAGUGCCCUUCUUCAACUGAUUUUAGGAUCCGACUUAGGAGCUUAUGGCCUCUCAACAUCAAAUGAUAAAAUAGCCAUACAGCAGUACCAAUUAGAUUCACUUUAUGCAUUAUUAAAUACGAUGAAGUGGACAAAGAAGUGCCCCCUUCCUCAGAAUUUCAAUAAAGAUUACGUUCGUAGGCAAGCAGGAAAGAUUUGCUCUGAAGCUUCUGCUGGAAAAAAUUAACCUUGUGCUGCACCAGACAAUGGGCUAGCACUGCACGAGCUUAUAAGGAAAAGGAAAAGUCAAGAAGACGUGGGUAGCAGGAGAGAGGAUGAAGAUUAAAUUUCUUUCCCUUCCCUAGCCUGCAAUUCCUGUACUACACUGCAGACUGCUAUCAGUAUAUUAGGCAGGGCAGUUAAGACGGUCCAAAGUAAACAUGGCGAAACGAAUGUGCCAUAUAUGUGAUUUAGGAUUUAUUUUGACUUUAAAUUGUUCUUGUUUAUGACAGGUGUCUUGUCGACGAUGUUUGUUGUCUGCGUCGAUUUGGCA